ACAACUCUAAAGUCUCGCGGCACUUAGUUCGUUGACUGAAUGCCACGUCGGUUUGAGUGUGAGUAGCUGCAUCUCAUGGUCUCUACUCCACCGACAGUGCGAAAUAAGCGAUAUCGGAGUUUUUCCAUAUUAUAAUAUUACUAGACGCGUGCAAGACUAGUAGACUGCCGGUUGUGAAACAGUGCACGGUACAGGCGCGUGCUUGGGGCGUUUUCAUCAGCAGCAGGAGAAAUGUGGACCUUCAGUAAAUCUCUAUUGCUGCUCACUGUUGGGAUCAUAAUGUCCCAGCAGACACGCGCUCAUUCCCACCAUCAUCACGGACACUCCCAUGGUGACGGUGGUUGCCACGGUCACUCGCAUGGUGGGGUGAAGAUGCAUCAUGGGGCAAGCAAAUGGAGUGCUGAAGCUAAUCUGCCCCAUGACAAAGAGGAGCAUCAUGGACACACACACGAUCAUGGACACGACCACGGACACGCACACGACCACGGACACGCACACGACCACGGACACGCACACGACCACGGACAUGCACACGACCACGGACACGCACACGACCAUGGGCACACACAUGAUCAUGGACACAUACAUGAUCAUGGAUCUGAGCGUUUGAAAAGAGAUGUGGAAGCAGGGAGACGGAACAUGGUUGAGCUUUGGAUGCAGGCAAUUGGAGCCACCCUGCUCAUCAGUGCUGCACCCUUCCUCAUCCUCUUCCUCAUUCCAGUGCAGUCAAACACGGACCAGCACCAGAAACUACUCAAAGUGCUCUUGAGUUUUGCAUCUGGUGGUUUGCUUGGAGAUGCAUUCCUUCAUCUCAUUCCUCAUGCGCUGGAACCUCAUUCUCAUCACGGUCAAUCACACAGCAGCGAUGAGUCACAUGUUCACUCAAGCGGUAAUGAGGAGUCACAUGGUCACUCCCAUGGAGGUUCCCAUGGUCACAUGAUGUCAGUUGGUCUGUGGGUUCUGGCUGGCAUUGUUGCAUUUCUAGUGGUUGAGAAAUUUGUUCGUCUUUUGAAGGGAGGACACUCGCACUCUCACUCUCAUGCUGCUCCAAAGGCAAAGGAUAGUGAUGAAGAGGAUGACAAGAAAAGAGAGAAGGGAAAAAAAGAUCAAGUUCACUCCAAUAAGAAACCCGUAGAGAAAACUGUAGAGACGAGUUCUGAUAUUAAAGUGUCUGGUUAUCUGAACCUGGCUGCUGAUUUCACCCACAAUUUCACGGAUGGUCUUGCAAUUGGAGCGUCAUUCCUGGUUGGUCCAGCAGUUGGUGCUGUUACCACCAUCACCAUCCUCUUACAUGAAGUACCACAUGAGAUUGGAGACUUUGCAAUUCUUGUCCAAUCAGGCUGCACAAAGAGGAAGGCCAUGUGUCUUCAGCUUCUCACCGCCAUUGGUGCGCUAGCUGGAACUGCCUGCUCCUUAUUGGCUGAAGGUGUGGGUGCUGCGGCCACAGCCUGGAUCCUUCCCUUCACCGCCGGAGGCUUUGUUUAUAUCGCAACCGUCACGGUUCUCCCAGAGCUGCUGGUUGGACGGUCUAGUUUCUGGCAAUCAAUGCUGGAGAUCCUAGCUCUGCUGUUUGGAGUAGGAAUGAUGGUGCUGAUCGCUGAGUACGAGUGAGAGAGUAAGCGAUGUUUGAAAAGAACUUGGGGAAAUUGGGGAGUAGAAACCAAUGCAUGGUCAUCUGAACCUUUUGCGGCUAAAGACCUGAAAUGAGUGUUCUGAGAUUAAUGUUGACAUAGACAAUAGAAAAUAAUACAAAAACAAACAAAACAAAAAAACAGAAUGAUUGAGGGAGAGAGUAAAAGAAUAUAAAGCGAGAACUGCACUCAUUUACCCAGAGACCAACAUGAAUGGAUCACUUAAUCAUUUUAGGCACAUGAACCAACCUAUGGACCAAAAUGUUCGUUCGGUUCUUUAUACUGAUAUGGACGGGAUUGAAAUGUGGGGACUCUUUGACAUUGACCAAUAUGUUCCCAAGAUGUAUUGUCUCCAGUCACUGAAGCAAAUGCUUCUGCUUAUCAGUAGAUUGCUUUUUAAGAAAUAUCAGUAUGUUAUCAUUAAGUCAGUUGACUGCUGUUCACUGUUCAAUAAAGGUUUAUGUGAUUCUUUUUAAA